CUUUGGUGUGAUCAUUGUAGCUAAAGAAUUUCCAUCUAUCCGUCACUUGCCCAAGAUUGCCUCUGAAGCAGCUGGAGCACUAUGGGUUCCUCCGCCGAUGAUAAACUCACAUAGAGUUGCAUUAGAACGUCCAGAUUUACUAGAAACAUAUAAGGUCUCCAUUUUCAUUUAUUUUGACUAAUAAAAUAUAGCCUAAGAAUAAAACGGCUGACAUUUUGCAAUGCCACCUCUGGUUUAACCAUGAAAUGACUACUACCAAGAUUCGGUUACUGCGCUUCUGAUUGGUCAAAUCAAAUUUUCAGCCAUUCAGAAACACUACCCAGAUCUGUGUAGUGUCGCAAGAGUAUCGUGCAAGAGUAUCGCUCAUUUCUCAGACUUCAUUUGAUAGGUAAACCAAACGUGGCAUUGCAAAAUGUUGGCUGUUUUCUCAGACUAAUUAAUAUGAGUUUCCAGGAAAUAUCUAUGCUCGCCCCAUGGAGGGUCAAGUAGAAAUUCUGAUUGGUAGCUGAUCCUGGGAUAUAAGCACCCCUCUGAAUUCAAUUUAUUAUGAAUUUUUCAAGGUAAAAUUAAAAACCAGCAAAUGCCGAAGGCAUUCAUUUUAUCAGCAUUAGCACAUAUAUAGCUUGUCUCAAAGUGCCUCUGGUUAUGAGCCCUCUCGAAUAUGACUUUAUAAGCUGUCCUAAAACCCAUUACAAAGAUGUACUGUAAACCUUUAUUAAGCCUCCCCUCUCGAAUAAGGCCCCAUCUCUUUUAAGCUCCCCCCCCUUCACCCCUCCUCUUCCCUAAUUAUUCUUCUCUAAUAAGUGAUAGACUGUAUUAAUCAAUCACAACUAUAAAACUUUGUGCAGUGGACUAGUGAUCUGUGAUGGUUUAUUCACCAACUGGAAGUUCUGAUUCUUUUUUUAUCCUGGGCUGCACAACCUCCAGCUUCUUGUACUUGAAGCUUUUCCACUUAAUUUGUAUUCUAGUUCUUUAAUAAUGAAUACCAUCGUCAUCGUAAUGAUACCAUUGUCUGUAAUAAAUUAAAUAAGCCACCCUCUAAAAUAAAAAAAUAAGCUCCCCAUCUCUAUUAAGCCCUCCCUCAAAUGGGUUUGAAAUAAAUAAGCCCCCAGGGGGCUUAAUAGAGCAUUUUUGGAACAAGCCUAGGGCUUAUAAGCAGCAGUUUACGACCUGACCAUUAGUUAAGCAAAAUUUCACUUGUACCUGAGAUUUCACUUAUAUGAUUCAGAUCUCUUGACUACUAAAAAAGGUUUAAAAUCAAGUAGGAGACACCAUGCAAAUCACUGGUAAAAGUUAGAUUGUGGAAGAGGGGAGGGGGUGAUUGAAUAUAUCAAGCUGGCUUUAAUUUAUUUUAUGCUCAAUCUACAGAGAUGGUCAGCUUAUGGUGAAGAAAGGUAUACACCACUUACUACAGAUGCUGAAGUCACUGGUGUUUACCUGAGGGAAGUUGUGGCUGUUCUUCCAGAUGAUGUAUGUCAUGGUUAUUCAAUUACUUAUUAAUUUAUUUUUACAUAUUUAAUAUUUAUUUAUCUAGUCUGAUUAUUACUUUUUCAUGCAUUAAUGCCCUAUUGUUGCCUUUAAGUUUUUCUCAAACAUAUGAAAAAUUAAUUCUUACCUGAAUCACUAUUUUUUGUAUAGUACUGUAUUAAUCUAACAGAAUUAACGCCCAGGGGGGAUAUACUGUGGAUAUCAAGGUUAAUAGUGACAGUGAUGAUUGAAUGGGGGCAAAAAAUUAAAACCCCCCAAAAAUCCUUGGGCUUUCAAUGAAACCCCCAAAAAUUCCUGGACACAAAAAUUAACCCCAAAAACAUCCCAUGCUGAAUUUCCGAGCCUUAAAAAUUUUCAGAAAGCAUCAAAUGAUAUAACACUGACAAAAAACAAUGAAAACUAUUUGGCCAGGAUACAUGGGCACUACCACAAAUCUUCGGAUUGUUUUGAAUACCCCAAAAAAUCCCUACUUAAUUAUAAAGCUGCCCAAAAAUUUCCUACCCAAAAAAAUCCAGGAAUUGAAAAUUUCACGCCAGGCCCCCCAAAAUCAUUUGAUCAUCCCUGUCACUUGAAAUCUGGAGUACACCCCUCCCCCCGGGAAUUAACGGACGUCACUCUUUUGACUUUGUUUGUAUUGUCUUGGGGCCGGCCGUAGUGCUUAUAUUUGGGUGCAACACUUUUUUUCCCUCCAAAAUAUGCUGCUUAUUUGAGGGUGCUGCUUAUUAAUUCAGCAGUGAUGCUUGGUACCUUUUCAAUCAGGAAUUGAGGAAUAAUUAGUUGCAGUUGACUUAUUCUUUUGUUUUUUUUUGUUUUUGUUUUUGUUAGGUAGACCAAGCUACUUUAAAAGAGUACAAACAGCUAAGAGGAUUUAGGCAUUCCCCUUUGCUUCUAAAGGAAAAAGGUUAUUAUGACUAUACUGCUGAUUAACUAAGUGUCAUCAGUUUUCUAGCACAGUCAUACCAAACUUUUUGGUCAAAAUUAUGUUUUUCUUGUGAAACAAAGUUCACCAGAAUUUGACAAGGCGUUUUGAAGGUCUAAGAAUCACUUAGUACAGUCUUCUCUGCCCCUCAUUUAAUUUUGUGUCUUUCUAAACUCCCUAACCACAGAGCAGUCAAGUGCUAGUUAUUUUAAUAUCAGUUUUAGGGGUUAAUUGUUAUUUACAAAAAUGUGAUCUGCAUUGUCAGGCAGUGUUUCAAAAUUAAAUUGUUGAUACAAUAAUAAUUAAUAAUUAAUGCCAAAAUUUGUUGCCACUUAUUAAUUAUUAAGUAUGGUGAUCCAAUUCUUGACCAGGCUUAAGUGAUUCCGUCAUUGGAAGGAAAGAAGAUGUCUUUUCAUUUUAUGGUCCAGUUAUUGAUUCACCCAAAUUUGGGACAUGGCUAAUGCAACAAGUAUGUAGUGUUGACUAUUGCAAUGACCAAAUCAUAUUAUGCCCUGUGUGUGUUUUUUUCUUCCUGAGUCAAAAUGAAAUUCACUAGGUUAAAAUUAUUUCUGCCUAGUUUGAUUUUCAAAUGAUAUCUCUUAGGCCCAAUUAUUUUUGAUCGUGAGGAGAAGUCCUUUGACUUUAAUUUCUCCAGACAGAACUAUUUCUGAAUUUCUCGUUCAGCGGUCAUAAUAAAUGCUGCAUAGGAAAAUAUGGUUUUUAUGACAGUUUUCUCAAAAAAAAAAGAAAGCAACCCAUACCUGUAACAUUAAAUGCGUCAGAAUUUAUUGUUUCCACUAACAGUGUAGCCUGCAUAGCAUGGUGGUUCCCAAUCUCCUCACACUUUCACUGCCCUCUACUCACCCACCUUGGCUUGUUUGCGCGCCCAACCAAAACCGCCAUUCUGCGCAGGCUGCUAACAGUGACUCAUAAGUGCUGCCACAGAGUGCAGAGGAUUUUUUACGUGUGACCUUGAAUUCAGUUAAAUUUUGUAGUUAUAUUUUACAGUGCAAAUUGCUCUUGUCUAAUGAAGAAUCAAAUAUGAACUUGACAGAUCAACGCGUCAUGCGAUUGUGUUACAAAUCUGGCAAAGGUUAAUUACCCAUGCUCAGGAAUAACACUACAAGCAAUGACUGCAGAUGAAUAACCAACAGCAACCAACAGACUAUAAAGCGACUUCUUUAAUAAAUUGUGUACUUUCCGCCGUCUCGGCACUUCAUGCCUUGUUUGGAAAGCUUUGUUUUCUGGAUGCGUCAGACCCCUUAGGUGACUGCUUCUUAAUGAAAUGAAAUGUUACCUUGCUGAAUAAAAACGGAAAUUUCGCGGGGAAUGCAUGCUAGUGCCUGUUUAAGCCUUGAUGGGGCUUUGUUAUAUUUUAGCCAUGACCCAACUGAAUGAAGUUGGCUUAUCGAAAAGAAAAAAUGCGGCAUCUAAUUUGUUACAGGAGGGACCCAACUAAAGCAGGGUAGUAUUUAAAUAAAGAGUUAUAAUUAAUUCCCCAAUGGAAAAACGAUUCGUUUAAUCUUGAUCGUAAUAAAAUACUUUUUGUAGAAUCUCCCGAUUUUUUUUUUCAUGAGUCUCCAGAUUUUCCUCUAUCAGGGGUUGGCAGGUCUGUAUUUUACCAGAUUUGUAGCACAAUCACAUGACAUGAUCAGGAUGAUACUUCAAGCGGACAAGUUCAAAUUCGAUUCUUCUGUAAACGAAGGUGAUUCAGGCUGUGAAUUGUAAAAUUCAACUGGAAUCACACGUAACUCCCAAACAUCCUGUGUGCUUAAAAAGUUAGUGUACGCUUGUGACAAAAAAUACCCUUAUGUAUGAUCUGGAAAAUCUGUUUUUAUCUCGCGGCAGUGCAUGAGAAAAGGAGCUCAUCUCAUCUUAGGAGCAAUCAGAGGACUGUUAAUAGAACAGGCAGAGAUUCUAAAGAUGACAUAUGGGGUCCAGUUUAUUGUCAAUUGCUCAGGACUGGGUUCUGUUGAAUUGGCAGGAGAUAAUGAGAUGUUUCCUGUUAGAGGUACGCACUAACGGUGUAACCGCCGACUGUAUUUUAUAUGGUUGUAACCUCAAUAGAGUUUGCGCUCUCGGUUUUAAACGUCAUUGUUCUUGUUCCAUCUCAUUCAAAUUGUAAUUAAAAUGGUAGCAAUUUCCAGAUCAUAAUCAAUUCGCGUUUUCUAAAAAUUUUUGGCAAUUGUUCCAACUUGCCUAAACUGCCGAAUUAUUUGGGUGAACUUUCCUGGAGUGGGGACCUCACUCAAAUUUGAAAAUAAUGACAGAGAAAAAUUAGUCGUAGUGUGUGUUCGUCCUCCAUAAAACGUAUCAUGUGGUAGGCAUUAAGAAAAAGCUCCCGAUGUCGUCGCCGUAGUCGUCGUCGUCGUCGCAAAACUCCUUCUUAAAGUAAGCUCCCAGACCCUCGUUUUAAAAUAGCACAGGUACGUUUGGGAAAAAUAUGGCAAGACAAAUUGAGGAUUUUCUUUAUGUACAGGUCCGUUACCGGACAGGUUUCAGUGUGGUGCAAUUCCCAAUGCGUUCUGUGGUCAAUAUUUUUUCCCAUCCACUUUUAGAUUCAGUGUCGGAUACUAGACGAUCGUAUUGUUCUUAAUGCGUAUGAGAUUUGAUUUUUGCAUUUCCCUUUUCCAGGUGCACUUUUGAAAGCAAAAAAUGAUGGUACCCUUUUUCCUAAGAUUGACUUUUGUGCCGAGGGAAGGUGGACUAGUUUUGGAGAGGAUGAGGCUGGCCAGCAAGUUCUUGGCCAUCCUUACAUUUUCACGAGAGGUAUCUAACAAUUAAGAGAAUCUGCAUUAAUGCAUAAUAAAAUUGUUAUACUGUUCCUAGGUGCACUCUUAAGAGCCAUAAAAAACGGUGGCACUUAUUUCUCAAAGGUUGACUGUUGUGUUGACUAGCUUUGGACAAGAUAAGGCUGGCCUAGAAAUAUUUGAUCAUGUGUAUAUUUUCCUAAGGUACGCUCGAACUCAGAAAUGCAAAUAAAAUUUCUCUCUUGAAAGGACAUAUUUCCGGCAUCUGUUGACGCUGCCCAAUUACUCUUAGUCACGAUGACAAGUGAAAAAGAGACCCACACGAUUAAUACUUGUCUAACUGUAUCCAACUACAAUAAAAAAAACAACAGAAAAUGUUCCUAAAAAGUGUUAUAGGUCCUUAUGUGACGUUGGCAAUUCUGAACGGUCAUCAUUUCCAAGACUGAGCGCACACCUGAGACUGUCGGUGCCCUAAUGGUCAGAUCACUCUAUGCCGUUUGCAAGAAACGUGAUGUUUAAUCUCUGUGUUAGACAAUCACAGAACGACUACAGAAUUCAAUCGUCUCGUUUAAAGUAGCUAAUUAGCUAAAGAACAUUGACCACGUUAAAUAAAGGUUAUUGUGUUGUAUUGUAUUGUUAUCGCUUGUCUCUCGAUAGUCACUGCUUUGUUGUUGUUUUGCAAUCAAUAACAAAGUGACUAGAUGGUUUGACAUGCAGGUCUUUACGGCCGAACAAGCACACGCGCUCCCUAUGGAAAUAUCAGUCAGGUGAAAUAUCACCUGACUUCAGUGUCUCUUAGGGCUUUUAUUUUUUUAAUAAUACUAUUAUUAUUACUGAUUAUUAUUAUUAGUAUUAAUAUUAUCAUCAUCAUCAACAACAUGAUUAUGAUUACGAUUAGUAUUAUUGUUGGUGAGUUUACGCAAGAGGACGGCAGGAAGAAGAGGGCGACAAAACGCUCGUGUGUGACAAACGUGACAGGGCUAUUACUCAGUGAUUACUUGCGUGGUUUUUCGUGACCUUCACUUAACAUUUUCCUGAAGAUCUGUUUAAUUGAAAGUGAAGUUUAGCAAAGAGUUACUUCGAACAAAGUUAUCGUCACGUUUUUCACACAAGGUUUGCCUUCUUGUUUCCUCUCCCGUCCUCUUGCGUAAGUUCAUCAUUAUCGUCAGAAACGCCCAUCACUGAAGACGUUUUUAUUCGCCGUUUGAACAAAUACGUUACUAUUGUAUAUUUGACCUGACUAUCAACAGGUCAAGACCAUAUUAUGCUUGGAUCUUUGACACAGCCAAACAGUUCUGACCACAAUGUGCCUUUUUCUGCUCCUUACGUUCAAUCCAUGCUGAAGAAGUGUAAGGACCUCUGUCCUCGCCUCCAUGCACUAAAGGAUAGUGACUUACAAGUUACUGUAGGAAUACGUCCAGGAAGAGAGCAAAUCAGAGUUGAACAGGACCCUGACGAUCCAAGUGUUUUCCACAACUAUGGGCAUUACCGAUGGGGUAUGACGUUAAAUUGGGGCAGUGCAGCUGACAUCGUUAAUCUUAUUGACAAGGAAUUAAAGACAAAUUUUAGGCAAAGCCAACUGACAACAAACAAACACUUGCAUUUGGCCAAGCUUUAAAGCUUUUUGUUCUAAUAGAUUGUAUAGCAUGAUUUGUAAGCGUUUAGACUAAGAAAUAACGCUAUAUAAAUCGGUAUAGCUUCUCCUUAUAGUAUUAUUACAUAUCGAUUAAUAGCACGGAUGAGAGGAAGACUUUUUUUAACCUAAACCGUGCCCUUGUAUUCUAGCAUUCUCUAGCAGGUGUCUAGUAAUUACAGGCUUUGUCUGUUUUAUGUCGGGUUUGGCUAGAAAGUGAGAAAACCAGCUUAUAUUCGGGGGCACCCAACGAGAGGAUAGUUCAAAACCACUUAAACAUAGCUUGUUAAACGUAUUUUAGUAUUUAAACGGUAGAUAUAGGCAUAUUUUUAUCCCCGAAAAAUUUUUCAUCUGUUCGGAUUUCCUAGCUGAAAGUCUAGUGAUCCGAAAAUUAUAGGGAUCAAAACUUACCUUUUGGAAAGUUUUAGCCUGAAAAAAGACUCCCGAAAAUUUUAGGUGACCUUUUUAGAGUAAAAAGCCGUUAAAAAUGGGCAAUUAUACCAUUUUUUAGACGUUCGAAAAUCCUAGGAGAGGUAAAUAAGCAAGAAUUAUACAAAAAAAUGUUCCGAAAAUUCUAGAUCUCAAAUCGUCUCCCGAACAGACUUUUUUCGAAAAUUGACGUUGGUUGCCCCUGUAUAUUUGGAGGGGCGAUUUAACGGAGGGUUUUUUGCGUUACGAGUUCGGGGGGCUUAUAUUAGGAGGGGCUUAUUUUUGGAAUUUUACGGUAUACACGUUUCGGCAAUUCAAGAGUUUGGUUGCUUUUUGUUUCCUUCUUCUUGUUAAAAGUAAAUUGGAGCGGAGGGGAGAAUACUUUUGCUAAUUCUUUACUACGCAUAACAUCUAGAUGUUUCAUCGCCAGUUAAACAUUCUAAAUAUAGUCAGUGCACCCUAGUUUUCGUACGGAAAAGGCAUUAUAUUUUUUGAUAUUUUGCCGCAGGUGUGCCAAGAAUUUGCGGUUGCAACUCUUUCCUCCGUAGAGGCCCGCCGCGCGCUCGCUAUUUUAUUAUUGGAAUACCUGGCGCGGAGCCUCUGCAGAAGAUAGAGUGGUUGCAAAGGUAAACAAACUUUAUCAUAAAAAACUGUUUAACCAAUUUUUGCUGCCAUUUGUUUUUGUUUACUGAUAAAACUUCAGUUUCUCUCACAAACAAGCAGGCCAAUCAGCGCGCUGGAAAAGCACUAUUCACUCUUGUAAUUAGGCUAAAUAGAGCUAUUGAAUAGCGUAGCGCGCGAAUGAUGUCAGAGUAAUUACUUUGCAAUUUUUGUCUGAGUUUUGUCAUUUUUCUCAUUUUAAUGACAAAAGACAGACAAACAUUACAUUUUAAUGACAAAAGUUACCCAAAAGUGAGGAAUUCGCUUAUGUUAAUUUCAGUUUAAAACUGUGAAAGGUUUGAACCCAGGAGUCAUUUCAAUAGGUUGAGUUUGAUCGUCCGGGUGAACGUAGUCCUG